AUGGAAAACGUACAGGACGGUAAGUACACGAGAGACAGGGAACAGUACAUACAGGUACACAUGGACAACGUACAGGACGAUGCACGAAAUGCCUUUAACAAGAUACCAUUCACGAAUUCUAGUCCGCUUGGUUUCCGGUAUGACUUUGAUUCAAUCACACACUACGGCCCGUACGAGUACGCUAAGAACGCCUCCCUCCCUACAAUAUCGUCCAACGUUUCUGGAAUCAACUUUGGAUACAGCGACAGACUAAGCUGGUACGACGUUCUUAAAGUGCGAGCAUUGUACGGAUGUACAGGUUAUAAGAUGUUUGAAGGACAUGCGACCAAUGCAUUUACACAGCCAUCUCCAGCUGACCACUACCCACAGUGGUUCGAGAGUUCGGAACAUCAUCUUUAUAAUCAUGAUCAACGAUGCAGCAAGGAAACUUCAGAUCAGUACUUGGUGACAAUCCUACACAACGCUACCCUGAUGUCUUCGUUCACGAUACCCCCUGGUAACUUCUGUGUCAGUGUGGAUUACUGUAUUGCGUCUUGUUACCAUGACAGCCAGUCCUAUAUUGGCCUGACAACUGACGGAGGGAUCUCCCUGGAAGACAUGAAAAGUUCAGGCUCACAAGGUCAUUGGGAGACAGCUCUCAUGAACGUCGAUGCAGACCAAGGCUGGCGGUUAAACGUCACUGCGCAUGUUUUGUCGGGAGGUGAUUUGCUAGCCCUGGACAAAGUCAUUGUGCUCUCCGGACAGUGUGCCUAGUGUGAAGUGGACCACAAAUACAUAGCAGCUUGAUAGAUCAUAAACAGCCUGUUUAAAAAAAUCCUGAACUUUUUAUUCUGUAAGGAUCAAGAAUCAUCGGAGAAAACAAAUACAUAUGAA